GCCCGGGCGGGGCAGCCGGAGAUGCGUUGCCGUGCGGGGCCGGCGUCAUGCUCAAGGCUAAGAUCCUGUUCGUGGGGCCUUGUGAGAGCGGCAAAACGGUCCUGGCCAACUUUUUGACAGAGUCCUCCGAUAUCACUGAAUACAACCCAACCCAAGGUGUGAGGAUCCUGGAAUUUGAGAACCCCCAAGUAGCUAGCAACAACAAAGGGAUAGGGUGUGAGUUUGAGCUGUGGGAUUGUGGAGGAGACACAAAGACUCUCUUCCUUCUCUGGAGGUUUGAGUCGUGCUGGCCUGCCCUCAUGAAGGACUCUCAUGGAGUGGUGAUCAUCUUCAAUGCCGAUAUCCCCAGCCACCUGAAGGAGAUUGAGAUGUGGCAUUCUUGCUUCGUGCAGCAGCAGCUGUUACAAGACAGUCAGUGUCUCUUAAUUGCACACCAUAAGCCAGGCUCAGGAGGGGACAAGGGCAACCUGUCUUUGGGAAAUGCCAGAGAGUGGUUCUUCAAGAGCCGCAUAUGGGACUAAGAGCUUCCAGUGGGUCCCGUCUCUCCUCGCCCCCACCCCACCUGCUUAGUGGUUUCCUCCUCCAAACCUGGCGCCACACUGCUCCAGUGUCCUCAGGUGCACGUCGGAGCAGAUCCCUCCCUCAGCAGACUCCACUGGCUCGCUGUCACUGUCAGCACCAAACGUCAACUGCCCGGCUUGCUUCUGAAGCCCCUCGUGACCGGGCCCAGCCUCUGCUUCCAGCCUGAUUGUGCUGGGUUCCCCUUGCUGCACCACGUGGGGUGCUCUGUCUCCCAUCUCUGAGCCUCGGCACUGGCUGUGCCUCAUGCCUGGAAUGCACUCCCUCCUCCCCUCAGUUCCCCUGGACACAGCCCACAUCCCCCACCCUCCUCCCACCUUGUGCUUAUUGGGAUCCAGCUCGUCAUAUUCAGCCUGUGUGUGCUCAGAUGUGUCAGAGUGGGGACUUUGACUCUGGGUGCUGAGCACCCCACACAGUGCCUGGCACGUAGUAGGUGCUUUAAUACAUGAUUGAUUGCUUCUGUUCCUGUUUUCAAAAAUUGCUUUGAAGCUCUGUGCAUAAUUAUACCUCCCUG